CUCUGCGCUAACCUUAAUGUCCCUACAGAAGUCCACGACGCGAACACCAAGUCUAUCCUGUCCUUUACCUUACACUCACCAUGUCCCGUAGUUACGAUUCUAGAACGACAAUCUUUUCGCCAGAGGGACGACUAUACCAAGUGGAAUAUGCUCUUGAAGCCAUUAAUCACGCCGGUGUAGCUAUGGGCAUUGUUUCUAAAGAUGGCAUUAUUCUGGCCGCAGAAAAAAAGGUUACUAGCAAAUUGCUCGAGCAAGACACGUCUUCAGAAAAACUUUACGUUCUCAGCGACCAUAUGAUUUGCGCUGUUGCCGGUUUGACCGCAGACGCUAACAUUUUGAUCAAUUACGCCCGGCGUGUCGGUCAACAAUACCUUCAAACAUACAAUGAGGAUAUCCCUUGCGAACAAAUGGUUCGUCGCGUUUGCGAUCUGAAACAAGGUUACACUCAACACGGUGGACUUCGUCCUUUUGGUGUUUCUUUCAUUUAUGCCGGUUGGGACAAGGUUCAUGGUUUCCAAUUGUACCAGUCCAAUCCCUCUGGUAACUAUGGAAGCUGGCAAGCAACGAGUAUCGGUGCUAAUAACGCAAGUGUUCAAAGCUUGAUGCGCCAAGAUUACAAAGACGACAUGGAUAUGAAGGCUGCCUGUGAUUUGGCUGUGAAGAUUCUUAGCAAAAGUAUCGACAGCACAAAUCUUUCUGCCGAAAAAAUUGAGAUCGCUACGAUUGUAAAGAAUGAAAAUGACAAGGUCGUCUACAAAACUUGGAAUGCAACUGAGAUAGAUGAGCUUUUGAAGCAACACAAAGAGACCUCUACUUCGUCGUAAGAACGGGAUAAAUAUGACAUAGUAGACAACGCCGUACAUGCACGCUGAUAAAAAGCGCUCUGGACGAGUUUCCAAGCGGAUUCACUGUGUGGUAAUUCGUUAUGAUUCGACAGUGUAGACGAUUAUGUA